CACGUACUGCGAAAUAGUACCGCACUCCAUCUAAAUGGAAAGAAAUGUCAGGUCAUCACAUUUUAUUUAGUAGCAGGGCCUUCUAGCAGUGUGAAUUGCUGUGACAUGGUCAUAUUUCGUUCUUGAAGAAAAUUUCAUCUUUCGAUCUUACUGAAGCUAUUUUUAGUUUUGGGAAUUUCCUUUUUGGAAUUCCUUAAUUACUUUUAGGGAAUGUUGUGUGUAAUCAAAGGUUGAAUAUCAUGACACCAAGGUACUGAUUUUACAAUGUCUAGUGAAAGAUUCUGUAUACUGUUAACAAAAUGCCUGGGUAAGAAGAAAGAGAAGAAGUUCAUGAAAUCAUCCACUUCAAAAGUAGAAAUACUACCAGGAACAUUGUUACUACUUUUGGAUGUUAUCAAAAACUCUGCUCCACCAAAUCAAUUACAGUUUGUUUUAGAAACUCUUGACCAGGAAGAUGUGGAGGUGACGUGUUCCCGUGAUGAUUUCAAUGAUAUUAGCAGAGAUGAAUAUGAACUUUUAAUAAAUGUGCCAACUUGUGCAGACAGGUAUCAAAUAUUUAUGAAUAAAGAAUGGAUGCAGGAAGGUCAGAAAAUGAAAGUUGGAGAUUAUGUUGAAGUUUAUGAUAAAGCCUCCGCAAAAGAUUUGAUAGGAAUACUGCGAUUCAGAGGUCAUGUGCAUGGUCUUAAUGGAAUCCACUUCGGUGUUGAGCUUGUGUACAACAAAGGUCAAGGUCACAGUGACGGAAUGUUCAGGAAUCAGCGUUACUUUCAAUGUGCUCCAGAGUCAGCAUUAUUUGUGGGUCUUCACAGAAUUCGGCAACAUAAAGGGCCACCUCCACAGCGUCAGUCAGACAUAGCCGGAGCCAGCGCUGCAAAUGUGUACAGUCAGUACGGGAAAGAAAAUGCUUAUGGAUUAAAGAUGGGUGAUAGAAUUGUGUGGAUAAGUGAUGAAGGACCAGAAGCAGGAGUUGUCAAGUGGAUUGGGCUACUUCCAGAUUGCAGAGCAGAUGACGACAUCACUGUUGGAGUUGAAUUUGAUCAUCCGGUGGGUUCAGGUACAGGAAAAUACCGAGAUCAGCGACUGUUCACAGCCAAACAGAACCAUGCUUCUCUUGUACCUAUACUAGGACUUAUGAAAGAAGAAGAGUAUCGAAAUGAAUCUAGGCCAGUUGACAGUGAGAAUGCAUUGGCUGCUUUCACUGAAGCGGGUUGUAUUGGGAAAACCCAAGAGGAGGUUAUUGAGGAACAGAGACGCAUCAUGGAGGAAGCUCGCUUACAGAAGUUCUCUCCAAGGCUACCAGCAGACGGAACACAACAACCAGACAUCAAACAUGAGAAGAAAAACAGUUUUGAAGUUGUAGAGCAUGCCAUGGUUCAUGCUGCUCCAUCCUCAAAUGUACAAACUCCACCAGCUGCUUGCAAAGGCUUCCCUGACACUAAAGGCAUAAAUCCUUUAUAUGAAUAUUCAAGGUCGAAACAUGAUUAUUUGACAGAGGGACUUGGUGAAGUUUUGAUUCCCCAUGGAUCUCAAGGUGUUAAUUCACGUCAUAAACCUUUACCUGAACCAGAUCCAGAACUUGGAAUAGGUUCUCUGGUUGAAGUCAUGUCAACCAAGCCUCUGUAUGGUCUCAUCAAAUGGAUUGGGAACCUCCCUGACCAGAAAGAGCCAAAAAAGUUGAUUGCAGGACUUGAAAUGGAGGAAGAGACAACAGCAGGCACAGAUGGAACUUUUGGAAGUCAUCGAUUAUUUAACUGUCCAGCUCGUAAAGGACUCUUUGUACCAUUAUAUAAAUGUCGCAAGGACAAACGUUUCAUCGACGACCGUCAACUGCGUAUUCAGACAUCAGACAGGAGCAUAAACUUCGGCAGUACGGAAACACCAGAUCUACCUGGAACUGUUUCACCACCUACUUCUCUUGAAAAUAUUAGUCUUAUUUGUGGAAAAGGUCGUGGAAUUCAAGGCCAUCAUAAUUCUUGUUACAUGGAUGCUACACUAUUAGCUAUGUUUUAUUUUACAACUGUGUUUGAUUCAAUAUUACACCGUCCAAAAAUUCUGUCAGAUAUACAAGAAUACCAGGAAGUUCAACAAGUUUUAAAGGAAGGGAUUGUAAAUCCAUUAAGAAGGCAUCACUAUGUGAGAGCUGAUAAAAUGAUGAAAUUGAGAAAGUUGUUAGACAAAGUUGGCAAAAUACCAGGCAUGAUGAGUGAAGAAAAGGAUCCUGAAGAAUUCUUGAAUUUGCUUCUAAAUGAAAUAACUAAAGCAGACCCUUUCCUCAAAAUUUGUGCUGAAGACAAUCAGGAAACACAACAUACAUAUUUCUACCAGUUAAUAAUGGAGAAAGAUGAAAGACUAGUUCUACCAACAACACAACAAUUAUUUGAACUAUCAUUUCUACAGAUUGGUAUCAAGCUUAAAGAGGUGCCAUCUUGUUUGAUCAUUCAGAUGCCAAGAUUUGGAAAAGAUUAUAAGAUGUACAAACGCAUACUGCCUAGUCUAGAGCUUGAUAUUACAGACGUUUUAGAAAAUGCACCCCGAGAAUGUAUUAUAUGUGGAGAUCUGGCAGCAUUUGAAUGUAAAGAGUGCUACCAGGUACAUGGGGCAGGUCUAAACACUAUUGCUUUUUGUGAUGGAUGUAAAAAAACAAGUCAUCAGCAUAAACAACGUGUGAAUCACAGAUGUAGAAAAAUAAGUGUACCACCAGCUUACCGGGACUUGUACUUGAGUCGUAAAGUUAGUGAGGGAAGGCCUAUUCCCAUACCUCGAGAAAAGAUGGAACUGUUUGCUGUCAUCUGUAUACAGACAAGCCAUUAUGUAUCAUUUGUGAAAACUGGCAAGGGUAGAGAUGCUAAGUGGAUCUUCUUUGAUUCAAUGGCAGACAGAAUGGGUGAACAAAGUGGAUACAAUAUUCCUGAGGUAUGUGAAUGCAGUGAAAUCCCACGUUGGUUGUCAGAUGAAUGUUACAAUGACAUUAUGAAGUAUCCAGAAGAUAAAACUCUUCCAGAACAUAUGAGACGUCUUAUUUGUGAUGCCUAUAUUUGCAUGUACCAAAGUCCUCAAGUUAUGAUGUUUAAAUAAGGAAAUUCUUAAAUGUUAGUUGUGAUGCUGUGGAAGUACAGGAUAAAAUUAUUGUAGCAAUAUCAUAAACUUUGCAGAAGUUAUCUACAAAUUAUAGUAUAAACAGUGUUCAGUGCUGGUUACAAGGCCCUCUUGAUUUCAGAACAUAUUAACUAUUAUGAAAGAUGUGUACUCAUAUUGACCUUCAAAUAGAUAUUAAGUCAUGUCAUUCUAAUUUAUACUAAAUCACUUUAGAUCAGUUGUUAAGAAAGCUGGAAGCAGGUUUAAAUCACUGUUUAGUCUCCUUCCAGGAAAAGCCAGUACUCAUGUCAUGCAAGGAGUUAAUGAUCAUGAUACCAGUUUGGCUUGAACCAGGUAAAGCUGCACAUACCUUAACCAGAAGUCUGCUUGCCCAGAUAUCUGCAAUGUCAGUACCAGAAGUCUGCUUGGCCAGAUAUCUGCAAUGUCAGUACCAGAAGUCUGUUAGGCCAGAUAUCUGCAAUGUCAGUACCAGAAGUCUGCUUGCCCAGAUAUCUGCAAUGUCAGUACCAGAAGUCUGCUAGGCCAGAUAUCUGCAAUGUCAGUACCAGAAGUCUGUUAGGCCAGAUAUCUGCAAUGUCAGUACCAGAAGUCUGCUUGCCCAGAUAUCUGCAAUGUCAGUACCAGAAGUCUGUUAGGCCAGAUAUCUGCAAUGCCAGUACCAGAAGUCUGUUUGCCCAGAUAUCUGCAAUGUCAGUACCAGAAGUCUGCUUGCCCAGAUAUCUGCAAUGUCUGUACCAGAAGUCUGUUAGGCCAGAUAUCUGCAAUGCCAGUACCAGAAGUCUGUUAGGCCAGAUAUCUGCAAUGUCAGUACAACUGUUUAUUGAAAAAUCCUUCAAAUAAAAACCUCCUAAAAGUUAUGUUGCAAAAACUAGUGUAGAGUUGUAUAUGUUACAGCUAGUCCAACUACAAGUUCAGAGAACCUUAUCAUUUUGAAGGGUUUACUUUACACCUUCAAAGUCAUUCUUCUAUCUCUUUUUAAGUUAAGAAAUAUGUCUCUAUUAUGAGGGACAACUCCAUCUUGGUCAGAAAUACCAAUUACCCAUUCUUGCAUAAAAACUACUGUUUUCACAGAAUCGGGGCAUGUAUUAACUGGAGAAAAAACAUAUAAGCAAGGCAGUGCUGUUAAUGCAUGUUAUUGUGCCCCCUUUCGAAGGAGGGGUAUAUUGUUUUGCAGAUGUCGGUUGGUCAGUAUGUAGACCAAUCCGUUUCCGGAUGAUAAAUGAAGAACGCUUGGGUCUAGGAUCAUGAAAGUUGAUAGGGAGGUUGGUCAUCACCAGUAGAUGACCCCUAUUGAUUUUGAGAUCAGUAUGACAAAGGUCAAGCUCACAGAACAGUAAAACGGUUUCCAGAUGAUGACUCAAGAAGGCUUGGGCCUAGGAUCAUGAAAGUUGAUAGGGGGGCUGGUCAUGACCGGCAAAUGACCCCUAUAGAUUUUGAGGUCAGUAGGUAAAAGGUCAAGGUCACAGUGACCCGGAACAGUUUAACGGUUUCCAGAUGAUAACUCAAGAAUGCUUUGGCAUAGGAUCAUGAAAGUUGAUAGGGAGGUUGGUCAUCACCAGCAGAUGACCCCUAUUGAUUUUGGGAUCAGUAAGUCAAAGAUCAAUGUCACAAUGACCUGGAACAGUAAAACGGUUUCUGGACGAUAACUCAAGAACGCUUGGGCCCAGGAUCAAAAAACUUAAUAGGGAGGUUGAUCAUGACCAGCAGAUGGCCCCUGUUGAUUUUGAGGUCAGUAGGCCAAAGGUCAAGGUCACAUUGACCCAGAACAGUUAAACCCUUUCCGGACGAUAACUUGAGAACGCUCCAGCCUAGGAUCAAAAACUUAAUAGGGAGGUUGAUCGUGACCUGCAGAUGACUCCUGUUGAUUUUGAGGUCAGUAGGUCAAAGGUCAAGGUCACAUUGAACCAGAACAGUAGAAUCUUUGUUUACAGUGAGCAAGUAAUUUCUGUUCCUUGUGCAAUUACUGAAUGCAUCAAGGGGCGGCAUUUCGUGUUCUACGAGCUCUUGUUUAUUCUUUAAAUGCUGUGCUGUGGCUAAAUUUUUUUGUUGCAUAAAAGAACUUUUAUGCAUCUUUGUUAGCUCACCUGUCACAUAGUGACAAGGUGAGCUUUUGUGAUCGCCUGUCGUCCGUCCGUCUGGCCACAAUUUCUUGUGAACAUGAUAGAGACCACAUUUUGCAAUCAGUUUUAAUCAAGCUUGCAAGCAACUUGCAUUGGCAUAAUAUCUUGAUUCCUUUCGAAAACUGGACUUCAUUUAUGAUUUGAUUUGAUACAAACCUGCAAAAUAUCUUUAACAACAAUAGAUCUUGGAUGCCAUUAUGAAUCCGUCAAACCAAUCAUAAGUUCAGGUGUUACGGCCCCUGAUUGACCCCUGAAAGAAUCAAAAUUUGUUAAUUUUAACAUGUGAACAUGGUAGAUGUGACAUGUUACAUUCAAUUUUAACUACACUUACACACAACUUAAGUCAUGAUAAGAUCUUGGUUCCUUUCCAAAACCAGCUAGAUUCCAUUAAGGGUUCUAGAGUUACUGCCCCUGAAAGGGGCAAGAUUUUCUAUAUGGCCCAAUCAGCCAUAUAGAGGUUUCAUUAAUGCUUUGAUUUGAUACAAACUUGCACAGAAUGUUUAUCUUGAUUAUCUCUAGGCCAAGUGAGAAACUGGGUCAUGUGGCAUCAAAAACUAGGUCACCAGGUGAAAUCAAAGGAAAAACUUGUAAACACCCUAGAGGCCACAUUUAUGACCCUAUCUACAUGAAACUUGGUCAGAAUGUUUAUCUUGAUGAUUCCUUUGCCACUUUCAAAACUGGGUCAUGUGGGGUCAAAAACUAGGUCAUCCAGUCAAAUCAAAGGUAAAGCUUAUAAACACUAUUGAGGCCACAUUACGACCCUAUCUUCAUGAAACUUGGGAAGAAUGUUUAUUGAUGAUUCCUAGGCCAAGUUUGAAACUGGGUCAUGUGGGGUCAAAAACUAGGUCACCAGCUCAAAUCAAAGGAAAAGCUUGUUAACACUUAAGAAGCCAUAUGUCUGACCCUAUCUUCAUGAUUAUCUUGAUUAUCUUGAUGAUUCCUAGGCGCUGUCUCCUGUGACACUCUUGUUGCACGUACUUAUUCCAUGAAUUUUCAAUUUGAUUUCCUUGACUGGACUGCCAAAAUUUAAAAUACAACAGCAUUGAUUUGGUAAAGAGACAUUCUUGUAUGAACAUAAAUCUGUCCAAAUAGACCUCAAGAAAAACAUAAAGUCUUAAAAUAAUAAGUUUCUUAUAUACUCAACAACUUUUCAAAUUCCACACCUGGUUUUUAGCUCACCUGAAAACAAAGUGAGCUAUGGUGGGCUAUUGUGAUUUCUCACCGUCCGGGGUCUGGCGUCCGUCCGUCCACACUUUUCUUCAGACAACAUCUCCUCUGAAACCAUUGGGUGGAAGUUGAUGAAACUUGGCCUGGAAGUUUCUUGGGUGGUCCUCUUUCAAAGUUGGUUCAGCUUGGUUGCACAUAGGGGCGGCCAGAGCUAAAAGUAGAAAAAUCUAACAACAUCUCUUAAACCGCUGGUCUAAUUUCAAAAUUAUUUAAUACAAGUGGUCCUUAUUUAACCGUCUGUCAAAAUUGUUCAAAUUAUUACGAUUUAUGAUUCGUCAAAUAACAUGACCGGCAGGAGGCAUGAUUCCUUUUCCCUAUAUGUAUAUAGUGGAAACUUUAAAAAUCUUGUAUGAAACUGCUGUCCCAGUUUUAAAAUAAUUUCACACAAAUGGUCCUGGUACAGUGACAUUCUAAUUAUCAAAUUAUUUUGAUUUGUCAAAAAACUUGGUUGUCAGAGGGCACGGUCACUUUUCCCGUUCUGUAUAUAGUAGAAAAUUAAAAAAUCUUAAUGUAGGAAACUGCUGGCAGGAUUUUAAAAUACAUGUAAUUUCACACAAGUUAUCCUUUAACAGCAGGCUUAAUUUUAAAACAAUUUUACACAAAACGUUUCUUGGAUAUUUGGUUCGACUGUCUACCAUAAUUGAUCAAAUUAUUGCCCUAGGUUCAAAAAUGGCCAUGCCCAUGUGUGUGACAUGUAUAUGAUAUAAGCUAAUGUAAAAGAAACUUUGAAUAUCUUUUUCUCUGAAUCCAUAAUAGCUAGAGCCUUGAUAUUUAUAUAUACCUAACUCUUUACUUGUAUCAUUAUGUUAUACAAACACACUUGAAGCCUUUUACACAGGUGAGCGCUUUAGGGUCAAUUGCCCUCUUGUUUUUCAUACUUGUAGAUAACUACAUAGGUGAGUGCAUUAGGGACAGUGACUGUCUUGUUUGUGUAAUUAUGUCUAGAGAAGUCUUUGGGAUGUGUUUGUGUAAUGUUUCACAAACAAUCCCUCCAGCAUCUGCAGACAUUAAUUCUUUAAAAAAAAUUUAUUAUCCCUAUAUUGUUGCCAGUCAAUGUUACAAGAUAGUGAUGAUAACGAAAUGACAUUGAACUCAUUCAGAACUAACAUAUGUACUUAUAUGCAAACAGUUUUUUAAGCUAAUUUAGAAAAUUUACCAGUAAUCUAAUUGCUUUUAAAACUUUGAAAGGCACUGGUAUUUAUUUGUAAAUGCAUGACAUAUUUGUAUUGUUUAAUAAAAUUUGGAAAAGUG